GUUAUCAAAUUUUGCCCUGAGUAAAGAUGGCGGAGACUGGGCAGCAGGCAGGCGCCUCUCCUGAAGAUGACAGGCCUCCCCUACCUGCCAGCUUCAACUUCAUGGUGCCGAAGAAGGAGAUCAGCAUGGUGCCUGAUAUGGGCAAAUGGAAGAGAUCUCAGGCGUAUGCAGACUACGUUGGAUUCAUCCUAACGCUGAAUGAGGCGGUGAAGGGGAAGAAGCUCACGUGUGAUUAUCCCGUUUCGGAGACAAUAGAAAAGUUGCUGUCCUUGUUGGGAACUUUGGAUCGCUGGAUAGAUGAGACUCCGCCGGUGGACCAGCCAUCCCGUUUUGGCAAUAAGGCUUACCGAACCUGGUACGCCAAACUCGAGCAGGAGGCUGAGGCUCUGGUGUCUGCUGUCCUUCCUGAUGGACUCAGUGCUGCCGCUCCAGAGGUCGCUCUGUACCUGAAGGAAGCCGUAGGCAACUCUACAAGGAUUGAUUAUGGCACAGGUCAUGAAGCUGCCUUUGCAGCAUUCCUCUGCUGCCUUUGCAAAGUAGGAGCUCUGCGAGUGGACGACCAGCUGGCCAUCAUUUUCAAAGUCUUUGACAGGUAUCUGUGCGUGAUGCGGAAGCUGCAGAAGACGUACCGCAUGGAGCCGGCGGGGAGUCAGGGCGUGUGGGGGCUCGACGACUUUCAAUUUCUGCCCUUCAUAUGGGGCAGUUCCCAGCUUAUAGAUCACCCCACUCUGGAGCCACGGCAUUUUGUGGAGGAGAAAGCGGUGAACGAGCACCAUCAGGACUACAUGUUUCUGGAGUGCAUCAAAUUCAUCAAUGAGAUGAAAACGGGACCCUUUGCUGAGCACUCGAACCAGCUUUGGAACAUCAGCGCCGUUCCCUCCUGGUCCAAAGUCAACCAAGGUCUUAUACGAAUGUACAAGGCUGAAUGUCUAGAGAAGUUUCCCGUCAUCCAGCACUUCAAGUUUGGCAGCUUGCUGUCCAUCCAGCCUGUGAAACCAUGAAUCUCCGCGAGAAGAUCCAGCCCUAGAGCACCACUGAUUCUCAACCAAUUCAAUAAAAAAUUCGCCCAGCCACUAUCCACUGUUCCAACGUUUACCCCCAGUUCUAACAGCGGUUCAGCAUGGACUGCUUCCUCCUGCUAAAUGAUAGAAUUCAAAUGAGGAUAAAUUUCUGUCUUCUUGAUCUGGCCCUGAAGAAUUGGAGUGUUGUGAUGAAUAUAAUCCAUGUGCUAUAAUUACUAUCUAAUAAUUUGCAGUGUCCUGAAUUCAUAUUUAUUUAUGAAUAUGUAAAUAUGAAGAGUAAAGUUUGCUUUAACUGGGAAGUCUCGGUUUUUGUUUGUUGUACUAGAAAACAGGCAAUGGGUCAGUUUUUCUGUUUAGACUGUAAUGAUCCAUGACAAAUUGAUCGUGUGUGUGAGAGAGAGAGACAUUUACUCAUGUGGCCUGUAUGUGCUGUAAAUGUACUUUUUUUUUUUGGUCAUUUUAUCACAUUAGAACGAAUAAACCAUCAGCCAUUUUAGUCUCA